CCGGUUCUGAGAAACUGAAAUUGAAAACAAGAUCUGUCAUAUCCCUUCAUGAACUUUUUCAAAUAUUUGCAGAAACYAGCCUGAAAUAUCCGUUUCAUAUAUCUAAUGCAGACUAUAAUAUGUCAAACAAAAUGAGCUGAAUCAAGAGGAAUAUGGCAAGUCGGAAUAGGGGAACAUUCAGGCCUUCUAAUUCGUUACCGAUACCGAAGCAGCCGAAGAGCAAAGCAAAACAGCAAAAACAAGAACAGUGCGAGUUUGAAGUGAAAGUAGUCGGCGGAAUUAACGAGAGUUCGACCUCGAAUUCCAAAGUCAGUCUUCAAGAUUUGGUCAAGAAACUAAAGGAGAGUUUUAGUGGAAAUUCUCGAGAAACGUUGAAGMCGUCAAAACYUGCUACUGAUGAAAAUAAGCAAUAUGUCAAAUGCAAGUUGCUAGUUCGCGGMGUUUCRCCGAAAYAUUCAGCAUUUUAUAACAUCCGUAAAACAUGGUUUGGAAAUAUUUGUCAGGCUGGCGAUCCAUUUUGGCUUGAAUCAUGCGAAGAAGCAAGGAAMAGUUAUCGAUUUCAAGCAAAUGUGCAACGACACAGUUUUGAUCCSGUCUCAUGUAGUCUUGGCAGUUUCUKGAAUCGGGGAACCUUUGUUGAGCAUUACAAUACGGAAGUGGAUCGGUACUCGAUGGACGAUCAGUCUCUCUAUGCAGAAUUCCAGCACGAUACGAAAGUCUUGGAAAUCUCAUGCUAUAUACUUACCAUAAUAGAGUUUAGAUUAGCGUUCGAGUACAAGCAAUUUGAGAAUUAUGUUUUAGUAGACGAGAAGCAACGGGGUGUUGUAGACAUAUAUAUCCCUUUAUUGAGGCCACCAAAAGUUAUCAAACUUGAGCGGCAACYUGGGAAGGACAGGGCAGAUGAGGUUCGUUGUGUGGAAUUUUUAAGCUGUUCUCAGGAAAUACUUGGGAAAAGCUGCGUGCUUAAACUAAGCUUUGAAUCUUCUGAUAAACCAUCGGAGCUKGUAACUCGUCUUGCAAAAAUGAGUCGAACAAUAUAUUUUUGCGCUGUAAAUACAAUUCUGCCGUUGGAUCAAGUUUUAAAGAAACCUUCCUUUACAGACUUCCGUACUGCAUACGCUUUGGAGUGUUUGCUAUCUAGAGGGUUCAAAGUCAGCGAUCGUUUAACGUCAAGAUUUUACCAAAUGCUCAAAGAAGCCUCUGGGUCUACCAGUUACCUAUCCAUGGUUUCAAGACGUGGUAGGCAGCUGUCGUCGUCCCAGAUUUGCCGUGCACUCUAUCAACUCAUAGCGUUCGUUGAAGCAAACAGAUUCUGUCCCCUUGAAACCAUACUUGAGCAGUUGUUGUUUGGAAAGUUCAAGAAGAAUGUUGCUAUCGACCUUGAAAUCCCGAAGCACUACGUCUACGUCCCCCGUAUCAUCAUCACCCCUACCCAGAAUUAUCUCGUGCAGCCAGAGCUUGUUGCUGAAAAUCGUGUUAUCAGAGAAUUUGGCCAUGAAUUUGCAAUGAGAAUCGCUUUUCGAGAAGAAGAUUUUUCAAAGCUGACGUCAUUUUCUGAAAGUCUAAAAGAUGUUUUGGAUGUKCGAGUAAUUGGUUUUCUGCGYGAGGGAAUUCAUCUUUGUGGCCGUCAYUUYAAGUUCCUUGCYUGUUCAAACAGUCAAUUGAGAGAUCACGGGGCGUGGUUGUUCGCUUAUGAUGGCCAAGUAGAGGCUGAAGAGAUCAGGAAGUCCCUUGGUAAACUGGAUGGUAUCCGAUGUGUCGCGACGUAUGUGUCUCGAAUGGGUCAGUGCUUUUCUUCCACUAAAGAGUCUGUCAAAAUUACUAUGGAUGAAGGUGUGGAAACCGCUGAAAUACCUGAUAUAAGCAAAGACUAUAAAGAUGAAUACUUUGCCUGUUGCCAGAAAUUGAGAAGUGGAACAUAUACCUUCUCAGAUGGGAUAGGGAAAAUAAGUCAGCUCUUGGCAAAGAAGAUUGCCAAGAGCCUUGAUUUGAAAACAGUUCCUUCCGCAUUCCAAAUAAGGUACGCUGGAUGCAAAGGCAUGCUUGCAAUUGACACAAGUCUUCCAAAAGACAGACAGAUAUUGCAAUAUCGAAAAAGCAUGAGAAAAUUUGACUCGGAGCACGAAGGUCUUGAAAUAUGUGAGCACAGCAAGCCUAAUGCGUUGUACUUAAAUCGACAAUGCAUAACACUUCUAUCUGGAAUGGGUGUCCCGGAUGAAGCCCUUAUCAAGCUGCAAGACACGAUGCUUAUCCGACUGGCUUCUAUGCUAUUGUUUGAAAGUGUUGCUUUGGAGACGUUAGGUCAGACGAGUGUUCCUGGUGGGCUUAAAGCAAAAGCACUACGUAACAGUGGUAUCAUGGUCACGUGUGAGCCAUUCUUUAGGUCUUUACUGUUAGCUAUAUACAAGAGCAAACUGAACGACCUUCUGAGACGAGCACGUAUUGCUAUCCCACACGCCCACGGGCGCUUGCUUAUUGGUGUUCUGGAUGAAUCUMAGACACUUCAGUACGGUCAAGUUUUCAUACGAUACAGUAAAGAUAUCAGUGAACCAAACAAAGAAUAUGUAACACUGACAGGUCAAGUUGUGGUAACCAAGAAUCCUUGCUUUCACCCAGGUGAUUUGCGCAAAUUUGAAGCAGUUGAUGUCAAGUCACUUUACCACCUCGUUGAUUGCAUAGUGUUUCCGUCAAGAGGGCCACGGCCACACACUGACGAAAUAUCUGGUUCAGACUUGGAUGGAGAUAAGUACUUCGCAACGUGGUACAAGCCAUUGAUACCACCACAGCCUAAUGCACCUCCCAUGGAUUUCCUAUCACCAGAAAAGAGGGUUUUAGAUCGUAAAGUUGAGGUUGAUGAYAUGAUCCAAUUUGUAGCAGAGUAUAUCAAGAACGAUCAGCUCGGAGUUAUUGCAAAUGCACAUCUUGUACACGCAGAUUCGGAGGACGACGGUGUCAAGUCCGAUAAAUGUAUCACUUUGGCACACAUGCACUCUGAUGCAGUUGAUUUUCCCAAGACGGGUCAGUGCCCAUCCCUGACAUCAGAACUACGGCCUGAACAGUACCCGGACUUCAUGAUGAAAACAGACAAACCUCGAUACAAGUCCAAGAAAGUUAUUGGUAAGUUGUUCCAAAAAUGCAACCAGUUAGAAAGAGCUCGAUAUUUCAUGGCCAGUGAAGAAACUGAGGACCAAGAACAAGUGAGAGUUGACCARGAUUUGGUGGUGCCAGGACACGAAGAAUUHAUGGUCUCAGCAUUAGAAAGUAGAGACCGCUACAACACCAAACUAGGGUCCCUAAUGGCCUUAUAUGGAUUAAAGGACGAGGGAGAGGUUUUAACUGGCUGUCUGACUAAAGUCAAUUCAAGACUAUCUGGUAAAACUGAUGAAAAGUUCGAAGUAGCACAGCUUAUUCAAGCCAGUCUAGCAUCACUUCGAAAUAACUUAAAGGUGGAGUUCUAUCAAGAGUUUGGUAGCGAAGAAGAUGUGAAAGACUACUUCCAGGAGCACAAGGAAUACCCUCAAGAUGUCUUGUGCAAGGCCUCUGCUUGGUAUGUUGUGACAUACAGUUCAAUAGACGCUCAACCAGCAGCCUCUCAAGAUGCUACUCAAACAACUGAAGAAGAUCCUGGACUAGCCGAUGAAUGGUCUAUGAGUAACAAACCAUUGCUGAGCUUUCCAUGGAUUGUCUCUCCACUACUUGCUUACAUUAAGUCUCAGUSCUCAAUGSAGACKUCGGYUCAAAAAACAGUUGAACCACAUAAAGAGCUUGARAACAUCAGUAAAUUAAUCAUUGCCCAAACAAAGCAGAUGUUUUCCAAAGAAAACCUACGGGAACUGAUGACUGAAGAUUUWCARRCAAGACAUAYUUGGAGGGACSAGCUUCCCAAUUGCUCAYCGAUGUCUCUACUGGGAGCGUCAAUGACAGGUUUGAACAUCCUUGACAAGAAMGUACAACCGAUGCAGCUGUAUUGCCACGUUCGUUGGGAUACAACUACAGAGAURGAAGWAGCCUGCCUUAGAAAAUACGAAGGUUUUCUGAGAAGAUCGCGYAUUAUUKCAAAACAUCUUUUCAUCGGAAAAUAYGGCUACAAUGACCACUGUAUGGGUCUUUCCUUCACUACUGGGCAAGAUAAGAAGCAUUAUAUAGUAGCAAACCCCUUUGAGAUGCUGAAGUCGUUCUAUAUUCAAACACAUAUAAUGCAAGCACCAUUACUGUUACCUCUGCUGAUGGUUAUCAUGCAUUGGGCAAGGAAGAGGUACAUGACUGGCAGUGCUCGAGAUAGCUUUAUUGCUGUUGAAGACCUUGCUGUGUUGUUCAUAAAGUAUUGUGAACACUCACAAUACAUCGAAGAGAUUCAGCUUGAAGAACUCAAACUUAAAGCAAACAAGUUUCUUAAGAACAAAGAAGAAGGCGAGAACCUUUGGAAGAACACGAUUCUAGAGUCAAUGGAAUUUACGAACCAAGGAUUCUUUGUUGAACCAGGUUUGACACUGAUAAAGUUUUGGGAGUUCUAUGGAAGUGAUUCCRGGUCAGAUGCCUUGCACCUCUCCAAGAUCCGCAACCCUGUAAAUCCACGCGAAAAGCUUCUUUCAUACCUAAAGCMGGAGGAAAGCCAACGCUUUACAGAUGCUGCACUUCACACAUUCCAUGAAAUCGCRCAGCGAAGAGGUCUAGACUCCCUGCUGACAUCCAUCGAACACGAAAACCUCAAAGAAGUCUCGGAAACUCUGACGAUGCCAAACUGUACAUGGGGGUCGCUUAGAUUCGCAGAAGACUUUGUGGCACAUGGUUUGUCSACUUUGACUAAAGCGAAAGUGAACAUUCGAUCAGCCCMCAAAGGAGGUGGCUACAUCAUGGAAGUUGUCGGUAACUAUAUUUCGUUGUCGAGAUGCCAAGCGGAAUGCCAUCGUCUUGAGGCCAAAACCAGAGAGCAUUUCGUCUAUGAYCACGUUAUUAGAAGUGGAAAYCGAUUUAUAUUUCUUGAUCAAACGUCCCAUGAUGACCKUGUCGCAGCAAGAAWMCUAAAAAAAGGAGACUUUGCUGUGAAUUUGACAAGCACUUCUCCAACAGGUAUCCAGAUCGACGAAAUCAARCUCUUGUCAGCRGUAAAGGAGCAGAUGGACGUUUACCAGAACUCAUAUUUAAGUUAYCUCCACGGUUCCAAAAAUCUUCACAUUUCACUUGAAUAUGGAAGUAUUUUUGUUACUAAUGCACACAAAUGGGUCGCUGGCACCACGGUURAAGAUGURGAGGAGACCUUGAGCAAAAAGUCCAAUGCAAAGAACAAAAAAAGAAACAGGAACACCAUUGAAGGAAAAUUUGUAGAACUGCAAAGAGCGGGUCUAGAUGCCGUUGCUGCAAAUCUAUCAGURUUUGGUGAAGCUAGCCAUGUCGCGAAAGAGAAGAUAUACGUGGUUGAGAUGAAGAUAAGCAACAACCAUAAGCUUAAAGUUGUGCUUGACAAAGACCUUGCGUUCAAAGGCUACCAGUUUGAACCUUUUAAAUGGCUUGACGCACGGCUGAAAUGCCGUCGACCAGCAAGUUCAAGAAGCAGUGAUGUUGACAUGAGAAUAAUUAUGUCAACACAACGAGACUUAACCACAGAAGAAUACGAAAACCUUYCCAUACAUGAGACAUUUGGCAAGAUACCAAUUCUCUCSUUGGUUGAUGGGCGAUUGACAAUCGYGCAGGAAUACAGGCGAAGAGCAACCUUCGUUUUYAUCACUGAAGUAGAUACCCAGAGCCUUAUCUACAAUGACAGUUGUAUUUUUCUCGAGGUAAAGAAAAUCAAGARAUACARCGCAAARCAGAUGCGAUCUWCACCGGAAAAAGAGUUUACAUCACUAAAGCUGUACGUUGCUGAUAGCAAUGUUGACAGUACGGAAAAGUUGGUUAAAGAUAUCUUGUCUCUCGGGAAAAUUCUCAAACCGUCAGCUUGAAGUCGCAAGGCCGAGUCACGAGCGAAAAACUUGUUGUCAGUAAUCAAUCUAAAAAGUAUUUUAGGCUAAGYACACAAUUUUGCAUUGAUAGAACUGAUCAGCACUACCUAGYGACGUUUCGGUCUCUGACAAUGGAUUAACGUCCGAAACAUCAGUUAAUUCAUGAUUUCACCUACUUUUUACACUGUUUCUUUAGAAACAUCGACGCAGUUCAAACUAGUUUACAGCUAGUUUCCAUCAUUUAUAUUUAAUUUACCUUGUUURAUCUUUACACAAUUUUUUGUAAAUAGCUUUUAGAAAAAGUGCUGUGCUCAUUUUUGAGAAAUUUUCAAUUGAGUGAAUWUGUAGUCGAUUUUUGUAAAAAAUAAUAAUAAUAAWACAACCCUCUUAUUAAAUACGCGUCUUUAAAGA